AUACGUGAAUGUAGCGAAAUAUAGCGAUGUGUAGCGCAAGUUGUUUGAUUUAAUAAUUUACAAGUAUAUAUAAUUCAAGUUCAUUCGAGUAGAGUUCUAGCUUACCGUACUAAAUAAUUGUGAAAAAACAUUCGCACAGAACAUAACAUCGUAGAAAUAUGAAUUACAAUCACUCGAAUGCACGUCGAGGAAAACCAAAGAGAUUAUUAGAUCCACCAGCUGGUUUAUCUACACCAACUCCUUCAAUGGCACAGAAUCCAUAUAUGUAUAAUCAACAGGUACUUAUAAAUAAUGGUACAGUGCCAGAAUAUGGCUUUGGUGUUCCUGAACAGGGACAACCUCCAUAUGGAUUCAAUCCACAAAUGUCAAAUUAUCUAUCCAGUGAUAAUCAAGGAGAAUUUGGGAGCCCGCAAUUUGCGACACAAUUUUUGGCUCAACCAGUUGUUACAGACAUGGCGGUACAAUAUGGAAACGCAUUAGUUGGAACUGGAAAACAGCAUCUUGAAAAGUAUGUUCCAGUUACAGCAUUGAAAUAUUACUUUGCUGUAAACACUGAUUAUGUCUUCGCAAAAUUAAUGUUGUUGUUCUUCCCAUUUACUCACAAGGACUGGUCUGUCAAAUAUGAACAAGAUGUACCAUUGCAACCACGAUAUGAGACUAACGCACCAGAUAUGUAUAUUCCUACAAUGGCGUUUUUUACGUACAUUGCUAUGGCAGGAUUAGUUUUAGGCAUGCAGGAACGGUUUACUCACGAACAAUUAGGUAUAUUAGCUAGCUCUGCUCUUGCUUGGGGUUUGAUUGAAUUACUCGUUCAUACUGUGAGUUUAUAUGUGAUGAAUCUCCAAACAAGUUUAGCAACGUUAGAUCUGUUGGCAUAUUGCGGUUAUAAGUAUGUCGGUAUUAAUGUGGCACUGUUGAUAUCGUUACUAUUUCGGAAGUUUGGCUACUAUGUAAUGCUAUUGUACUUCAGUGCUUCUCUAGCUGUUUUCUUGAUGCAAUCGUUAAAAUUAAGAGUCAUUCCACAAGGCCAUAGUUCGUACACAGCUUCUGGUAACAAAAGGCGACUCUAUUUCAUAUUAUCUUUGGCCGUUAUGCAACCUGUUUUAAUGUGGUGGUUGUCGUAUCAUUUAAUUUAAAUAGUAAAUGUAACAGGCAUUUACAAAAAUAAGGA